AUGUCGAACACCUCUUCCGUUGAUCAUGAUUCGCCCACCAAGUCCGAGUGCCUGGAGCUGUUCCGGUCGUUGAAGAACAAGGACGAGCUCUCGCGCUCUUGCAAGGAGAUCAUGCAGAUGAUCACAGCCAACGACAAGGGCGUCAUGGAGAACGAUCCACUGAACACUCACGGCAGCAGGAGGACCCGUGGUGGAAUCAGCCACGCUGCGCUACAGCGUCGCUUCACGGGCAAGAUGUCGGGCGGCAGCCUCUCGGGCUAG